UAUAUAAUAUUUUAACGCUAUGUAAUACUUCGAAAAAAAAAUGCGUCAAUUGUAAUUGUCAUAUAAUCCCGUAAUGUCAGAAACACUAUGUUAAUAAAAUGUUUAGGCUAGUAUUCAAGCAAUUGAUUUCCCAACAAAUUAACCAUUGCUGCACAAACUCCUGCAGCCCGCGUCAUUUGUUUCACGAAGACUGCGAACGAGCAAUAAAUAACCAGAUUAUUGCAGAACUCAAUGCUGCUUACGCUUACCUUUCGAUGGCUGCUUACUUCGGUCGUACCGACGUGGCUCUUCCUGGCUGCGAAGGCUUCUUCAACGCGAUGCAAGUGGAAGAGUUACAGCAUGCACAGAAAUUAAUAAAGUACCAAAAUUUGCGUGGAGGUAAGGUAUUGCUGUGUCCUUUGACCUGCAGCGAUUGCACCGAGUGGGGUAUAAGCAAAUCACUAUCUGUCGGUUUGGAAAUGGAAAAACUUAUCAAAGAGAAGCUGAUCUCGGUACACGAAGUGGCAGAAACACACAACGACUUGAAUUUAAUGGAUAUGAUAGUUACAGACUUUAUUAACGAACAGGUAAAAUAUUACAGUAAUUUCGUUUUCACAGUGAAUCGCAUAUUACGUUUUGUUUUUCGAUACAAAAGGAAAGAUCUAUCUGCGAAUUUGGUCGAUGGUUGUCGCGAUACGGAAGUUUACAAGGCAACUGCAGCGGCUGCGGUUGUGUCGACUUCCUCUUCGAUAAAGAAAUCCAUAAAACCUAUGUCAAAAGCGAUCCCACCAGUGAAAAAACGUAUAAAUAAUAAUAGUUUUAAAACAAACUAAAUCAUGGAAUGUCCCCUUCAACUACAUGCUGGAUAUUAUAAAAUAUACAUAUUAUAUAAUUAAAACCCUGUCUUCGGUCUUAU